ACUCAAGAGCCAGAUACAGGAUUGUUUUUUACGGCGCGAAAACUCAGACUGAAAAAGGAAGUAAAUAGUACGGAAAGGCAGGGUGCCUAGGAGGAAGAAACACAUGGGAACUUCAAUGACAGUGGUUACCUAAUGUUGGCUGACAGCGACCUGUUUGAGACUGAAGUUGCAGAUGAAAUGGAACUGGAAGAGGAAGAAGAAUCAUUGGAAUCGAUACGAGCAGCCGUGAAAAAUAAAGCAAAACAGCAUAAGAGCAGAGAACUGAUUCCAACAGCUGCAGAUCAGGAAUAUUUGUCAGAUGAUGAAAAUGAGGGCACUACUAAGAAAACUCCAGAACGAAAGGAAAGGAAGGCUGCUCGAAUUAGUAAGGAAGCAAUGAAACAGCUGCAUAGUGAGACUCAGCGAAUAGUACGAGAAUCAUCACUCUCUCUCCCGUACCAUCUGCCAGAGCCAAAAUCUAUUCAUGAUUUCUUCAGACGCAGACCUCGUCCUACUUGCCAGGGAAGUGCCAUGAAUUUGUUGAAAUCUACCAAGUACCAACCAACUGUUCUAGAAGAAAACGCAGCUAGUUUACCAGGAAGUGGGAAAGAUGAUUGUCAUUUGCAAUCUGACCAGCCCAGCGUUGCAGAGAACCUUUUAGUGGAGAGCACUUUGACCAAGGGACAGGUAGCUGCUGUGUCUGAAAGUGCUGCUGCACCUUGUGAGGAGCUCAGAGAGGAGAGUGUAGAACUGACUGACAGUAAUGUCGAUGGAAACGAUGAGAGAAAGGAGCAAAUCCCAGAGUCUGGAAACGAUGAGAGAAAGGAGCAAAUCCCAGAGUCUGAAAACAGUGACGAUAUGCUUGUUUUGAGAUUGGAUUCUAAUUCAUGCAGUGUUGAACAAACUAUGGAUACAGCUGUGGGGGGUUCCAGUGCUGAAAUGGUGUCUGAAAUUGCUGAUAUAAGCACUGACCGAAAUAAAAUUGAGGUAACUAAUAAUCUAUUGGAAACAAACACAGGAAGAGAGAAGCCACAUGACCAAAUUGAGAAGUCUGAGGUGAUUUUACCAGUAAAGCAAAAGAAAUCAAAGUUCGAUAAGCUCAGAGAGCUAGGAGUGGAUCUAUCUUUAAAGCCUAGACUUAACCCUGAUGAAGGAUCUUUUAUAAAUCUGGAAGAGCCUAAAGUGAACAAUGAACUGGAAGCCUUGAAAGCAAGGUUUCUGAAGCAUACGUUUCACACUGCUAAGCCUAAAACAAGCAGAGUGGUGCAUUUGAAUGUAGUUCGGAAAGAAACCAAUGCUGAUGGAAAAGAAGAGCUUAAAGCUGAUUCAGUUCCUGUUACCCUUUGUUCUGACGAGUUUGAGGCUACUUCUUCUAGACCUGGAGAGAAGUUUCAGCUCUUGAGAGCGAAGCUUUGGGAGGCGAUGAAACUACGGAGAAGUGAGGAACGUCAGAAGCGACGGACUUUGCUUGAAAUGGAUAAUGAGGAAGGAUUUGAGGAGGAGGAAGAGGAGGAGGAAGAAAUGACUGAUGAAUCUGGAGCAGAAGAUGGCGAAGAUGACGCAGAGGAGGUUAAAGAGAAUGUGGAGGAUCUUCUAGGAGCUAAUGAAAAUGACUCCGAAGCCGAUGAAGAAUGUGAUGAAGUAAAGUCAGUUUCAGAGAAAGAGAAUGAAAUAUCUUCUGAGGAUGUUGUCACCUCCAGACCUCAUAUAUCUGAAUCUACUUUGUUACUUUUCAAAGACAGUUUAUCCAAAACAGAAGACAAAACUGAUGACUCUGCCAACAAAGCUGAUAACAAAUCAGAUGAUGACUCUUCAGUGACUUCUUUGGGAAGGACAGAGAAUAGUCACAACAGCAGCUUUGAACUGAUGGGUUCAAUGAUAACUUCUUACCAGCCUUUCAGCAAGCAGGCAGGACGUGGGGCAGUUUCAUCAUCUGUGGGAAGGUUCCGCUCACCUUCUCCAGGUCUCUUCAAAGUUAGUUUUGUUAGCUCUGCUUCUAAGAGUUCUGGAAAGUUAUCUGAACCUUCUAUGCCUGUUGAAGAUUCUCAGGACUUGUACAGUGCUUCUCCAGAGCAUAAGAACUCUGUUUUGGUGCCUGGGGAAUCGCAGUUUAGAUUCUCAUUGGAAGAGGACACUCACAGCCAGUUACUUGAUGCAGAUGGGUUUUUAAAUGUUGGUCCCCGUAGUACAAAGUACCAGCAAGCCGAAUGCCGUCUGACACUUGAUAGUUUAGAUGAAAAUGCAAUGGAUGCCAAUAUGGACGAAUUGUUGAACUUGUGCACAGGGCAGUUCAAGACUCAGCUGGAGAAAAAUGAAAAACCUUGUGAAAAAAAGAAAGAUUCGAAAAACAUGGAUGAAUUGUUGGCCCUUUGUUCUGGAAAAUUUGUUUCUCAAGAGUCUACAAGCCAGGUUUCUUCUGAUUCCUCAAAGCAACAGCAGUUAACACAGCAAGAUCGGGAGGGGACGACCGAUACCGAUGACCCAAUGGCUGAAGCUCUAGCGCUUUGUUCAGGCUCAUUUCCUACAGAUAGGGAAGAAGAUGAGGAAGAUGAGGAAGUUGAUGGAGAAUUUCAGCUUGUAACAGAUGAUGAAGCUUUUAAUUCUGAUGAAGAGGAUGAUGAAAGUGCAGAAAAUGAGGAAGAUGAAACGGAAGACAAUCGAAAUUUCGAUAGUGAUGAUGAACAACUAUUGGUUAAGAAAAUGGGGAAUAAAAGAAAAUUAAGGAUGGAUGACUUUCUUGAAGAAGAGGCUGAGCUUUCAGGCAGUGAUGUUGGAAGUGAUGAUGAUGACGAUGGUGGAGAGAAUGAAUAUGAAGAAGAAGAAAUUGAUGAGGAGUUACCCUCAGAUGAAGAACUUCAGGAUCAAGUUAACAAAAUACACAUGAAAGCUCUACUGGAUGAUGACAAACGACAGCUGCGGCUGUAUCAGGAGCGGUAUUUGGAAGAUGGUGACUUGCACAACGAUGGACCAGGUCGCAUGAGGAAGUUUAGAUGGAAAAAUAUUGAUGAUGCAUCUCAAAUAGAUCUUUUCCGUGGUGAUUCGGACAAUGAGCAGUGUGAAGAGGAGUUGGAUGAAACUGAAGUAAAGUGGAGAAAAGAAAGAUUUGAAAGAGAACAGUGGCUUCGAGAGCAGUCUCAAACUGGAACAGUUGCUAAAGAUGAAGAUGAAGAAGAUAUUGGAAAAGAUAGUCAGUUUAUGAAACUAGCCAAGAAAGCAACUGUCAAAGCCCUGCAGAAAAAAGUUGUUCUAGGGGGAACACAACAAGAAAAGAAAAUUGUGAAGAACCCUUUUGAGACCUUGAAGCUUUCCACACAGGUGAAGAAUGGUUCAUUACUCAAUAGGCCAAAAGAGAUGUUGCAAAAAUUAGCAGCAAUAUCAGAUCUUAAUCCCAAUGCUGCUCGAAAUUCAAGAAAUUUUGUGUUCCAUACUGUUUCACCUGAGAAAAAACAGCCAGCUGAAGAAAAAAAGCAGGUCAGGAAGAAGAGUGUUGCUGCCAAUGCUGCUGCAGUUAUGCCAGCUCACAAACGACCCCGAAUAGAAAAGGCAUCCAUAAAUGGAAAUCGUGGAAGGAGCAUUUUCAGCUAUCUUGAAAAUUAGGACAUAUUUGUUAUAAGGAAACAGAUUUAACAUUUGCUUUCCUCCUAGAUUAAGAAUGUGCAGUUGGGGGACAGCAUUUUGAGUUGCUGAUUUUGUGGUAUUGUGCAGUAUUGACCUAUUACGAACAGCAAAUGCGAUGCUAUUGAUUUCUUAAGGAAAUCAUUCCUGUACUAUAAGCUCAGUUGUGUUUUGAAGCUUUGCGCGUUUUUCCUUCUUACUUGACAGCAACAUGGAGGUAAAGACUUGCACCAUUGCUGUCCUGCCAAACUAAACACAUCAGGAAAUUCACUAUUGCAGUCCAGUGGAUAUGGAGACAUUUUUUAGUCUUGGAUUUGCUCUGUUCCCUUACUUCUGGUAUGUUCAUAUAUGGAAUAUCUUGUUGCCAUUAUUUUUUCUCCGCACAUUUUUCCUGCAUUAAAUUGCAUGCACUUGAGAAUGCCCCAUGAAACCAUUUUGUAAAAUGUUCCAUUGUUUGUUUCAUUGUCUAGGCUAAUGCAUAUCGUUUUUUUUUUCAGACUUUUUUUUUCAGUUUUAAAUGAGAUUAAAUUAUAAAGUUUUAAUUGUAUAGGGUGAUACAUUUUUAAUAUGGAUAAUUCUGAACAAGAAUCAUUACAGUGAAAUGCUGUUAAAAGAUUAAAUGUACAUCCCACCAUAAGUAAAGUAGCAUAUACGAAUAGCUUACUGGAUAGUUGACAUUUCCACUUGUGAUAUCCCCAACUGAACACUUUUCUGAAUUUUGCCCCCCCCACCCCACCCCAUGCUUUUGAAAAGGAUAUAUAGCUACUGCCUGUGCACAUCAUUAUGUCAUUCACUAGCCUAAGUUUGUCCAUCUGUUAGGCUAUCAAAUUUGAUCUGUUACACAGUUCACAUCUCAGUCCUUGCAUUGGUUAUAAUAAGCUUUAUAUAUUCAAUGGUAAAAAUGUUAAAGCUUUCAAAUGAAAAUUAUUUAGAUCAUUCUCCAGGGUUCAAAGCAACACACCCUAUACUGCCUGAGAAAGGAGCAUGACACAACUGUAUGUGCUUCAGCCAGGCCAUUUCUAAGUGCUGAAGAGAGAACAUUGAACUAGUGGCUGUUGAGGGUACUUGGUGCAGAAACUAGCAGGAUGGUCCUGUCAUGCUCUUAAGUUAGUGCCAAAGCAGUGAGAAAAAGUAAGGCAGUUACACACCACACUUCAGUCAUAGCCACCUUCUGCAUAUGCUGCCCUAUAGUCAUCCAUGCAUUCCUACUCAAUCAAGAGCAGCCUAAGGAGUCAGGCUUGCUUUCAUCACUGGCCAAAAGGAAAACAGGAUGUGCACCCCCAGUGUUGGGUUACAUCAGGUGAAUGCACUGAUUUUUGCUUUUGAAUAAUCGUAGUAUAACUGCAUCAGUCCUCCUUAAUACGUAGCUCUGAGAAAGCUGGUAGAAUUCCCUGAAUUUGAGAUCAAAAGGCUGUGGAAAAUACCAUUUCAGUGGUUUCUUGGGCUUCUAUAUUUAUGGCAAUAGGCUUAAAUGGCUUAGGUUCUCAUUCUUUAAGCAUGGGUUCCAGCAGGCCAUUCAGGGCUCCUCCUUGUGGGGUGACUUUCUAUUUGUUUAGGGUUCCUAGGACUUUGUCAUUAACCUUUGAUGAAGAAAACGGACAUUGCCCAGAGUGGGAAGUCACUGUAAAUCUCCCCAGACCCCUCAUCUUCAAGGCCACCCUAGAUUUUCAAUAAGAAAGUCUGCUUUAGAAUGAGGGAAUAAGUGUUUGCCUUCCCAUCUUUGCUGGCUAAAUCUCCAAGGUGGGUAGAUAAUCUGGCGUAGCAGUUUCAUUGCUGACUACCAAGCAGGGCUACCUCUGGGAAACUAGUUCAUUAAGUUUUCCCUGCUUGAAAAACUGUUACUGGCUGCCUCUCAGAAUUAGGCCCUGAGCCAGAAGGAGCUCCAUUCAGAGGCCAGGCAGUUUCUGCAGUACUAUGGGAGCAAGCCUGUGGCUUCACAGUGAAACUCUAGAUCUUUUUCUUCCUUUGGAAAAAGCCAAAAGGUUCUUCUCAUGACUUUUGUUUAUUCCAGAGUUGGGAGACUGCCAUUUUAUCUUUGACCUUUACACAAGUCUGUAUUCUGGCUAUCUGAAGGUCACUAUAUUUCCACUUCUGCUGUAGGUGCCUUAGAUGGUUGUGUUCGUCUCAUAGCGUUCUUUUAGUUCUGUGUGGGUGGGCUUCACUUUCAGUACAUGCUGGUGGUUGAUUUAUUCUCUACUCCUGUACUUAAGACUGUUAACCUGGUGGUGAAGGCUUUGCAGGAGAAGAACUUCAUGUCUUCUUUACCUGGAUAACUAGCUUCUGGUGCUCUUUUAUUGACUGUUCUAGUAGCAUUCUUGGUGUGGGUGCUCCUGUAGCUGCAUAUCCAAAGGGCAUUCCUUAAAUUUAGAGACUGCUCCAAGUAUUCUUUUUGUCAGGGAAGAAUGAGAUGGUGUUUACGACCAUUCACUUCUGACUCUAGUAAAAGGCAAUGGGCUCUAACAGCCUAAAUGAGGACUUUGAUUCCAAAUCUGUAUUCACCUGCACCUCUUAAACCUUAUGGAAGUCAGUCUUCCCAUUUAACGUCGAUUUUGCAGUGGGUCAUGAGGCAUUGGUGGUUAUGAAACUGUCAGAGGCUAAUAAUUUUCUUUUCACGUCAGGCCCUUGCCACAAAGCUAUACAGUGGUGGACUCUCCCUGGCUGCCUGAAUGUUGACCUUCCGUUUUACAUCUGAAGGUGUCACAGGUUUUAAUGACGGACACUUCACCAAUGAGUUGGGAAGGUGUGAUUUUACAUAAACAAGGCUGUAUACAGUUUUUCCCUCUCUGCACCAAGACAGUGAUGAUCUAACAUUGUCUCAAACUUGGGCAUCAGCCUUACAGCUAUUCACUUUCUAAUGGAAGUUCUUGUGCUAACAAGUUCUCUAAUUCAGAAUCCCAUCCCUAUUUUGCAGCUGAAUAUUUGGGAAUCCUAAGUGUUCAGAGUAAUCUUGGAGGGAGGUAUCCCAGAGAUUGAUUUAUCCAUACAGGAUAACACUGUCCACCUCCUUUUUUUCUUUGGCUCUCCAUUGCAAAGAGGGUUAAGAUGGACUAUGCCUUACAUGUGCUGUGGCUGAAACUAUUCAUGGUAGAUCUUUCCUCCCCAUUAUGGUUCCACACAUCAUUGCUAAAUUGUAAAGAAAAAAAAACUUUAUUACUCCUUGGCGGGUGAGAAGAGUUGUUUUGAGGCUGUCUUGCACUAUUACAAGUUAUCCCACUAUAAACUAGUUAAAUUACCCUCUGAUGGAGGGCUGUUCAGAUGUAUCUUAUGCUCCUUUCAGGUAUUUCCAGUGGGAGUUUGAGGUUAGCCAUCGAAAAGCCUCACUCAUCAUUUUUACCCUGCUUAGUUUUUUUCUGUCUAAGUAAGAUAUUACCCCCACUGCCUCAUCAGUUUGAAGGUAAUCCUGACAUAUCAAGCACCAGUGUGGCUUGGAUCUGUUAUUCUGUAAUCAUGUUUGAAAUCUGUUUUGAGCUUCUUUGCAUGUCAUGAUCUUUUGGAGGUCAGAACUAUAAUUCAAUAUUGGUUGAGCAUGCUUUUCCUUAAGAUUAUUGCAUUUAUCACCACCAUUAAAUAAUCAUUCUUUCUUUGUACUUUAACUUCAAGAUUGGAAGGUUUGGCCUUUCUACUUUUGAAUCAUAUGGUCCAGUGGCUCUGAAGUUCAUUCUUUGGAAAAUGCUUGCAGGAUUGCUAAACUGUUGGUCCCAUAUAUUUAGAAUAGCCCUGUCUGUGCUUUUACAAUAACUGAAAAUCCCUUAAGAUUAACUCAGCCUUCUUCCCUGCAGUGUUGACAGAACUUUCCAUAAUUCUUUCACACCUGCCAAUACUGCCAACAACAGUUGCCUUGAGCUAUGUGGGUACAUUUAAAUGUGAAAAAAAUUUCAGUUAAACAAAUAAGCAGCUUCUUGCUUUACUAUAAAUUUGAUCUAUUCGGUCUGCCUAAUCACAGCACUCAAUACAGCUAAUUCAGCCUCCAGUUAUGCUGCAUUGUAAUAGCAGUAUUGUGUGGUCUGUUUUUCAAGUGCUUUAGGCUCGAGUAGGUAAGCAGCCCACACAACUAGCACUGUAGGCAUGAAUUAUUUAAAACUUUCCAUUUUUAUUCUAGGGACAAAAUGCAAGGUAGUGUGAGGGUUUGGGAGAGAAUGCACCUGCACCUUUGGUUGUACUUGAGGCAGAUGCAAAAAGUAAAGAAAAUGGACCAUUUGUUAGUCUGCUUUUCUACAAGUCAGAGGAGGGGAUUACAGUUGUCAAACAAACCUUUUCCAAGCAGAUUAACUGAACUGUCUCCUUCUGAGCAUCUAACCCUUCUUUGUAAAAUGCUGCUGUUGCAGACUGGUCCACCAUGGCUGUGGCUGCUUGUAAUCCUUGAAUUAAAAUUGUAUCCAUAGCCAGUAUUUGCACCACACUCAAUUUUUGCAGGAAAUGUUUUUGUUUAACCCAUACUUCCAAAAGUCGUCCCAUGUUGGGGCUUCAGGACUUUACCUUUGAGACUUUCCUUUUGGCCUUCCUUUUGUUCAGACCUCCAUGUGAGAUUUAAAAUUUUUACUGUUUGAGACUGAUCCCAUCAUUUACCCACUGCAAAAGGUCUUAAGAGACUCGUAUAGUAGAUCUGUACUCAUCAUACCAUCCUCAUUGCAUGAACUUUUUCUCGAUUCAGCAUAUACAGAGGGAUUUUCUUGUGAGGCAGGCAGAUGUGUAGUUCUGCAUUCCUCUGUUUUGUUUUUCUCUUUGACUCUGCUGUCUUAAUAUGUUAGGGUCAAACUGUGCUAGGCAUCCUUUCCAAGUCCAGAACAUAACAUACUCUGUCCAGAAAAAAAAGCACUUUUUUCAUGCAGGAAUCAAAGAAAAUUCUAAAUUUUGCCAAGUUGGGAGUGUCAAAAGAGUAAAUACUAAUAGUUUUCAAUGACAUGGGGCCUCCAGGCAGAUCAGCUGAUAUGGUGAAUCUACCGGAUCUUAACCAGUUUGAUUUGAUAUAUUAACAGUAUUUAAGCUAGCUAGAUAAAUGUUGUCAUGUUACCAACCUUUGCAUUUUUUCCAUCUUAUUCAAGUUUUUGUGUGAAAGCAGUUUUAUCCCUUUAUAGUGCCUUGAUAAAGAAUCCCAACCGGCAAUCAUUUUCAGUUUUCACAAAAUAAAUUGCAAAACUACUUUAUUGCAUUGAAACAGCAAACAUUGUAUAUUGAUUUGUAUAUAGAUUGUUCUACAUUUUAUGUGGUUGUAAAUUUUUAUGUAAAUUUUAAAGUGUAUCUAUGUUGUAAAUUUUAUAAAUAAAAUGUCAGUUUUUUUUCUUGGUGAA